AUGACCCACGACGCGACGGCGGGCGGAGGUUUUUGGGGAGGGGAUAUAACACCACUAAUUCAUUUGUGCGGCGGGUCUCGUCCAGUGCGCCGCCUCCAGCGAUUGUUUAUUCUCAUAGGAGAGUUUAGGUCUCCUAAAGCAAUACCGACGCUUAAACAUAUUAACCAAAACGUUUACAUGAUGGCAUGCUCGUACCUCAGCGCAUCGGGAAUGAAGCCUGAACCUUCCAGCACUGAUUGCUGGACUCCACCAAACUACACUUGUCUGCCCGAACCAGAUUCGAUACCCAGCCAAAUGGGACCGCCGUUCCCGAAGCCUCAAACCAAUGCAAACCUCAAUCUAGCAUGUCAGGAGCCAGCGUUGGAUUUAACAACGAACUCUGCAUCCCUCAAGCCCCGUCUCCCCUCUCCGAAGGUGGAAGGGGACACAGAGUGA